UCUCUUGAAAAUGUAACUACCUCUGAACAGCAAUGCAAACAAAGUUCCUGCAGUGCUGGCGGAGAGCAAAGGCCAAGUUCUCUUGAAGAAAGCACAAAUCUAAUGCCGGACAUGUUACCAACUCCAGAAGCAAUCUCUCUGUUAGAAGAGUAUUUUUCAGAUGCGAUGGAAAAGAAGCAGCUUCAUAGCUUCUACACCUGUUGUGGCAAAUGCUCAGACGUAUCUGAAGUUGAAAGAGCCAGAAUUCAAAGCCAGAAAAAAACAACAGAAGGGAAAAAGAAAGGAGUGGACAUGUUCAAACACUCAUGGCUCACUGACAGAAAAACUUCAUUCUGCGACAAAACAGGUAAAUGACACAGUGUUUUGUCAAUAUUAAAACAUUUUCUGAAAAAAAUGUUUACUUUAUUAUAAAUUCAGUUCUGCUUUUUACAAUGACUACAAAAAACAAUGCCUGUUUUUUUUUUUGUUUGUUUUUGUUUUUUUUUAAUCUCAGGCAUGUGGUGGUUGGUGUACUGUGAAGGGGAAGGGAUGUUCUGCCUACUGUGCCGUGUUCAUAACACCAAAAACAAAUAUAACAAACAGAACAUAUUCAACUUAGCACCAUCCACCAACUACAAGCAUAGUGCUGUUAGUGACCAUGCAAGAGCCAGUGGACAUACGUCGACAGUAAUCUGUGAGUUGGAGAGAAGGAAUUCAUCCUUGGCUAACCAGUAUAAAGUGGCUCACGAGGUGGCUGAUAAAGUAACCUACAACGCAUUCCUGAGCUCUUAUUGGCUUGGAAAAGAAGAAGUGGCUAACAAGAAACUUCUCUCCCUGAUUGAUUUGGAAAAGCACAUUGGUGUCACGGAAAUG